GGGACCACCUCCGUCCGAGUCGAGUACGGACCACACAAGAAGACCCUGCCCAUCACGAUCGUCGAAGGGACCCUGCCUAGUUUGUUGGGACUAGACUGGUUUCGUGCACUGGGCAUGGGAGUGACUGGCAUCUACAGAAGUGACUGUAACCUGAAAGACAUACUCAUGAACGAGUUCGAAGAUGUCUUCAAGGACUGCCUGGGCAAGUACAAGGGGACCCCUAUCUCCUUCAACUUAGACCCCCAGGUAGCCCCCAUUAGGUUAAAGGCAAGGAGAGUCCCUUUUGCCCUUAAACCUAAGAUUGACAAGGAGCUAGAUAAACUCAUAAAUCAGGGGAUUCUGGUGCCAGUCGAUCACGCAAAGUGGGAGACACCAAUCGUCACCCCAGUAAAACCAGAUGGGUCAGUUAGAAUCUGCGCUGACUACAAGGCGACGUUAAAUAAAGCCUUACAGAAAAGCGCUUACCCGGUUCCCGUGGUGCAACACUUGCUGCACUCGUUGGGGCAAGGGCAAGUCUUUGCAAAGUUAGACUUGGCUCAAGCCUAUCAGCAACUGCCCGUAGACGCCAACACAGCCGAAGCCCAAACGAUUGUAACUCACAGAGGUGCUUUCAAGUGUACCCGAUUACAAUUUGGGGUGAGUGUGGCACCGGGGCUGUUCCAAAAUUUAAUGGAACGACUUCUGCAAGGGCUCCCAGGGGUAGUCCCCUACUUCGAUGAUGUAUUGAUAUCAGCCGAAAAUUUAGAGGAAUUGGGGGAGCGUUUGAGUGACCAUAGACCGCUGUUAGGGAUCCUGGCUGGCGACCGCCCAACGCCUGUGGCACUUUCGCCACGAUUGACCCGAUGGACUAUCUUUUUAGCCGCUUAUUCCUACAAGCUGCAGCAUCGACCGGGAAAAGAAGUGGGGCAUGCGGACGCUUUAAGCAGAUGCCCACUACCAGGGGCGAUCGAAGACCCCACUCCGGGGACGCCCAUCCUGCUAAUUGACUCUUUGGACUCUGGCCCAGUCACAUCUAAGGAGGUGGCUCGGGCAUCAUACCGGGACAUUACUUUGAGGACUGUACUCGGUUGGGUACAAAGAGGGUGGCCCGCUGCGCCGGGCGAGCGUUUUAAGGAAUUUGUAAAAAAACGUGGGGAACUCUCGGCUCAAGGGGGGUGCCUGCUAUGGGGCGAUCGAGUGGUGAUCCCGGAGAAAUUGAGGGAAAGGGUAUUGGACCUCCUCCACGAGGGUCACCCAGGGAUCGUAAGGAUGAAGGGGCUAGCAAGAAGCUAUGUUUGGUGGCCACUAAUGGACUCAGAAAUUGCUGAGAGGGUAGGAAAAUGCCAGGCUUGCCAAGAGUCCAGACCUCUACCCCCAACGGCCCCAGUCAGGGAAUGGGAAAAACCCCAAGGGCCCUGGUCGAGAAUCCACAUUGAUUUUGCUGGCCCUUUCCACGGCCAAACCUUCCUAGUGGUAGUCGACGCUUUCUCUAAAUGGUUGGAGAUCAUUCUCAUGAGAUCCAUGACAGCCGAGGCAGUAAUCGCAGCCCUGCGGCACCUAUUCGCAACCCACGGGUUGCCUGACACACUCGUAUCCGACAACGGCCCGCAAUUCACGGCAACCCAGUUUGAGGAAUACCUGGCAGACGAGGGCAUCCGACAUGCCCUCUCUGCACCUUUCCACCCUGCGUCGAAUGGCCUUGCAGAGCGUUCCGUCCGGAGCGCUAAGGAGGCAUUG